AUGAUCAAGAAUCCAGAUUAUACUAAUUUUGUUUGCUGUGCUGUUUGCAAUAAAAUAAUUCCACCAGCCCCUUUUGGGGAAACCUUCAAACGGAUCCAUGAAUACAAACCAUUUAAGACACGCUUUUACACGCAUAAAGACAUACUAAAUAUUGGAGCAAAUAUUCUGAGCCAAGAAGAGAAGGUUCAAGAGGUCUCACUCAAGGAAAGCAUUGAAAAGGCAGAAGCUAAAGUGUGGUUGCAGGCUACUGAACUCCAAAAACAAGCCGUGGAGAAAGCACUUGAAGACGCAAAUGACAGACACAGAUUCGAAAUGCAGUUGAUGGAAGAACAACAUAAAAAAGAGUUAAAGGAUGUGGAGGCUAAAACCAAGAAGGAGAUGUUCCAAAACAUGGAUGCUGAGCUGAAGAGAGAGAACUCGGCUGCAGAGCAACGCAUGGUCCACAGAAUCCAGAGGAUAAUGAUGGAAUGCCACAGGGAGAAGAUAGAGGCUGUGAAGAAGGCCAGGGAAGAAGAACGAAAGCUUGCCCAGGAAGCUGUCGAGGAAGAGAAAAGCAAAGUCAUGGAAAAACUUGUGCAUACUGGUGUAACAGCUAUUAAAGACCAGAAGGCAAGCUUUGGCCAGUUGAUUAAAGCAAAGGAACAUGAAAUGAGUACCUACUAUGGCAUGGCUCAGAGGCAGAAGCAAGAAGAAGUGCAAGAAGUGCUUCAAGAAGCGAGAAAAACACAUCAGGCCACUCUUGACAACGUGAUGUAUAAACUGGUUGACACCCAGGGGGAGCUGGUGUCUGUGGCAAAGCAGCUGGGAAUCAUGACAAACUGGAAAGAUUUUCUGGAGGAGGAGCUACAGGAAACCAGGGAGGCGUUUCAAAAGUACAUCAACUUCACCUUCCCCAAGCUCUCCCCAGGGCACGCUGACUUUAUCCUGCCGGAAAGGAAGAAAACACCUUCCAACCUUGAGAAAGAAAAUGAAUCCGGUGCUGACUAGAAAUCAUCAGCUGAAACGCCACAGCAAAAGACAGCUCUCCAAAGCCAAAUAAAUAUACUCA